UUAAUUCUGUUUUGCUGAGUUUGCAUAGUUAUUGGGCUCAGAUUUAUGUCUUGCCUAAGAAGGUUCUGAAAGAGAUCACCAUGGUGUGUAGGUCAUUUCUGUGGAGUGGGCAAGCUUAUAGUAGCAAGCCAAGUAACAUUUCCUGGAAAAGUUCUUGUUGUGAGAAGAAAGAGGGUGGUCUUGGCUUCAGAGAUAUUCUGACAUGGAAUACUGCAGCUAUUGGUAAGUAUGUGUGGGCUGUGGCCACAAAGCAAGAUAGUAUAUGGAUCAAAUGGGUAAGCUCUGUAUAUGUCAAGGAUGGGGAAUGGUGGGAGUACCAGCCUAACAAUUCUGCAAGCUGGUACUGGAGAAAGAUUUGUGAAACAAAAGAAGUCCUGAAGCAAUACUACACUAUUGCUGAAUUUAGUAGUAUGUCCUGUUAUUCUGUGAAAGAUGUGUAUCAAAAACUUACAGGUCCAAAACCCUUGGUGCACUGGGAUCAUAUGGUUUGGAAUAGAUUGAAUACACCCAAGCACAAGUUCAUCUGUUGGAUGGCUGUUCAGGAUAGGUUACAGACAGCUGCAAGAUUAGCCAGAAUUGGUGUUUGCUCCUCCCCAAACUGUCUGUUGUGUGAUCAGCAAGAAGAGGUCCAUGACCAUCUGUUUUUUGCUUGCCCCUAUAGCAAGAGGUGUAUUGAGGAGAUCAAGAGUUGGGUUGGCUUUCACACUACUCACAGUGGGCUUCAGAUUCUCAUUAGCAGAAUUGGUAAUAGUCAUCAAACCAAAUUUCGAAGGCAAGUCUGGUAUGCUGCUUUAGCAGCAACUGUGUAUUCUGUAUGGAGGAGUAGGAAUGGCAGUUUAUGGGAUAAGUGUAUCCCAACUGUGCAUAGCACUGUUACUAGAAUCAAGCAGAUUGUGAGAGAUCGAAUUAGGAGUGUAAUGCCUAGAAAAGUAAGUCGAAAGGAUAGCUUAUGGUUUUUAACUCUUUAAGAGUUGUUUAGUUGUUUUGCUUUCUCCUUUGUGAAAGGGUCCAACCUAGUUGGUUCGUUUCCUUUGGAGUUAGCCUAGCUUGUAAUCUGUUUUGGUGAUUAAUAUUAUCCUUUCUUACUUAG